AUGUCUGCAGAAACAUCACCAAUAAAGAAACUUAGCAGAAAGGAAAGACAGAAACUUCGAGAGGCAACUACGGGUCCUGGCUGGUUUGAUAUGCCAAAACCUGAAUUAACGACUGAGAUAAAACGUGAUCUUCAAGUGAUAAAAUUAAGGAAUGUUCUUGAUCCGAAACGGUUUUAUAAAAAAGAUAAUUCAAAGGGGAUUCCAAAGUAUUUCCAAAUUGGAACAGUUAUUGAAGGACCAACGGAGUUUUAUUCUUCUCGAUUGCCACGUAAAGAGAGAAAGCAAACAAUUGUUGAUGAAUUAAUGGCAGAUGAACAAGCUAAGCAAUAUUACAAACGCAAAUUUUUGGAAAUUCAGAAG